AUGGAUUCAAUGUUUCCUCUUGGUUUUCUUUUGAGGGCUUUGAGAGUCGUGAGGUAUAUUGUGGAGGAACCUGAAUUUGUGAUCUCCGGCCGCCAGUUUUCCGUAUACAGCAAGACCUAUGACGGCGGCGCCGUAUCGUUUCAACUCAUAUCUCCGACCCCAAUCCGCGGCCCUCCUCCAGUUGCCGCCGUCCGCGGGUUAAAUCUCCAAAAUAUUACACGGUUUCUUAAGGGACGAGCCUCUGAUAGGGAUAAGACUACCGUCUCCAUCGAGGUCAUCCGAGAGAUGAAUGCUAUUGUUUUCAAGGCUGAUGAUGACUCUAUUGAUGACUCCAUAUUGACGCUGACUUAUGUCGACAUGUUGUCGGGUUUCCACGUCGAACGCCACCAAGUUGAGGACAUAUAUUAUGAUGCUACUGUGACACUUUCCCAUUGUGAAUUUGUUAGAGCUGUGUCGGCCUUUAGUGGGUUCCCAGGUAAUGUUUUGGGGAGACGUUGCCGGGAUAAAUCGGCCGGUGCGGCCAGCUUUGACACGGUUAAGAUGUCGGCGUCGACUGAAGGGAUUAAGUUCGGCUUGCAACGUUAUUCACUCUUUUACCCGGCGGCAAGCUUGACCUUGAUCUUCUUAAGCAAGCAUUCGUGGCGGUCUUGCAGUCACCGCAUGGAGUAA